GGCCGGAAGCACGAAGAUGGCGUACCAGAGCCUUCAGCAGGAGUACCUGCAGAUCCCGCUGGUGACCCGGGCCUACACCACGGCCUGUGUGCUCACCACCGCCGCCGUGCAAUUAGAAAUAAUCACACCAUUCCAGCUGUACUUCAAUCCAGAGUUAAUAUUUAAACAUUACCAAGUUUGGCGAUUAAUUACAAAUUUCCUGUUUUUUGGUACAGUGGGAUUUAACUUUUUGUUUAAUAUGAUCUUUCUAUACCGGUAUUGUCGAAUGCUAGAAGAAGGAUCGUUCAGGGGUCGCACCGCAGAUUUUGUUUUUAUGUUCCUUUUUGGUGGAUUUUUGAUGACCGUUUUCGGCUUGUUUGUUAACCUGGUGUUCCUGGGCCAGGCCUUCACCAUUAUGUUAGUGUACAUUUGGAGCAGGAGGAAUCCUUACGUCAGGAUGAACUUCUUUGGACUCCUUAAUUUUCAGGCGCCUUUCCUGCCCUGGGUACUAAUGGGGUUCUCGUUAUUACUUGGCAAUUCAAUCAUAGUGGAUUUGCUAGGAAUUGCUGUGGGCCACAUAUAUUAUUUUUUGGAAGAUGUAUUUCCAAACCAACCUGGAGGGGGACGGCUGCUCAGGACUCCAAGCAUUUUCAAAGCUAUUUUUGACAUUCCUGAAGAGGACCCCAACUACAACCCACUGCCUGAGGACCGACCUGGGGGCUUCAACUGGGGCGAGGGGCAGUGACUUGGAGGCGAGCCAUGAACAACCGCCAGCCACACAUACUCUUGAGAACCUCAGAGGAUGUAUUUGUUCUCAUUUGCCUCCCUACUGCUUGCCUUGGUUCAUUUCAAAGAAUACAACCUUGCAGAUUGCCAACGACCCACCAACCAGCAAGCACCACCUGCGUGAUGGAUACCUGCCUUUCCUGAGGGUGAAUUACAAUUGGCCAACAGUGCCUAUGCCUGUUAUACUGGAAUAGCCGAUAGUUUCAAUAAGGUUUACUCUAUGGAACUGGACAUCUGAGAUUCACAUUAAUUUGCAGAAGAUCAAAUAUCUGAGGUGACAGUCAUAUGUGUGGCCAUAAUUUUUAUAUAACUUUUUUAUGAACAGUGGCUGACUGGUGUCAGACUUGUAAGUAUUAUUUGACAAUGAAAUCGGAACUCGACCAUCAAAAUCUAUCUGAUUCUUGACAUUAAAUUACUGAACCAAAAGCAAAUGGAUGGAGCCUUUGAUCUGUACCAAGCUGUGUUAACACAGUUCUACAUUGCCUUUGCAUAGACCAAGUACAGUCCACCUCUGCAAUUAGUAUAUUUUGAGUUGUCAAUAUAUCAGUCAGGAUAUUUUGUUGAACUGAAACACUUGCAGCAUAAUCCUGCAUUUAUGUCAUUUGGACGGCAUGAGAUUGUCAGCAUUGUUAAACAGGCUAAUCCACCGCUAGCCUCAGAUGAGUUUUAACUUGACUAAGUACAUGUGUAGCUGCUUUUAAGUAAUUGUCCACUGGUGGUCUGAGGAUAUCUGCAUACCCAUGUUGUCAGCAGUUGGCAGCACUUCCGGCUGAGAGAGAAUGAUGUGAGUUCAAACCUCACUCCAGAGAUCACCGAUAAAAAAAACUAGGCUAAUGUUUCUAAGCAAUAUUAAGGGAAUACCACACUGUGGAAAGUACUGUCUCUAAACUGAGACAUUAAAGUGUCUGUUCUUUCAAGCAGAUGUGUAAGAUCACAGGACAAUAUUUCAAAUAAGUGCAGGUUUAUCCCCCAGUUGACUUCACUGGGCAGGUGUUCUGGUCAUUUAUCAUUCUGCCAUUUAUGGGAGUUAGUUGUGCUCAAAUUUCCACAUAACCAAGUACUAUCAAUGUCCUAUUUUAGUUAACUUACCUGUGGCUGGAUCAAGGUAGAAUAUAUUGUUAGAUGGAUAGCCCCACACUGCAUAUGAAUAGUGCUAGACAUUGCACUGGUUAGUGUGAAGAAUGGAUCAAAUGGAAGGUAAGACAGAGGCUCCUUAAUCGACUUCCAUUAAUUUCUUGCACAUUAUUUAGCAGAAUCUAGGUGUAAAAUAUCUCAAGCAAACUGUUUACAAAUAUGCUUAAAUCAGUCUGGUUAAUAUGAAUGUAUUAAAACGUUCUUGCUUCAGUAAUGGCCAUUAAGGUCACAGCUCUAAUACUUACAAUUUCCCACAUAGAUCUUAGCUGGUCACCCUCUUAUGUGAGGUUCCCAACCUUGUGUCAGAGCAAGCUUUGUUUCCCAGGUCAUGGAAACAUAGUAGGAAAUAGCAUGAGCAGUCGGAUGCUGAUGGCAGAGGAACUGUAACAUGACUGGAACUUUGCAGUAGUGAAACACUCUGUAUUCCUGGUGUUGGUUUGCUGCUGGAAGGGAGAAGGAUCCAACUCUGGUGACAGAACACAGGUGGACCCAUGCUGGGCACUUGGGAGGAAGGACUGCAGGCUGGAAAAAGGCUUUCUCACCAAGUAUUUUUCACUGAAAGCCAUGGCUCCAUAGCUCAUGUCCCUGAGUCUGAGGUGCUGCUCCAGAGCUUGAAAUCACAGCCCAGGUUGGCUUCAAUGCAGUAGUGGGGGGCUGCAGCACUGUUGGGAGCCAUCCUAUCACAGCACCAUUUGCCCUCUCAGCUGGACACAAGCUCUUGUGUCACUAUUUCAAAGAUGAGGAGCAGAAUUUUUCCCAGUAUCCAGGUGAUUGUUUAUACCUUUUGUAAACAUCAAGAGCAGUCGAUCUCUUUUUUGUUAAUCUCUCUGCUGUUGUAGGUCCCUGUGCACAGACUGACUGCCACAUUUCCUACCUGCUUCAUUGCUGCUGGCAGGUUGUGAGGCUGUGGAAGGGCACUCUAUAAUGCAAGCUCUUAUCUGUCUAACCCUGCUUCUCGGUCUAGGUGAGUGAAUUCAGGUCUUGGGUUAAGCAAUGCAGGCCCCAGCAGCCACUGAGGAGGGCUGAGCCAGGUGUCAUUUUCGUGUUAUCAGUGUUUACUGUUGAGAAUAUCCUUUACUGUCAUGGGUACUUUUAAAAAUUCCCAUUGAAAAAACACUUGGCUCAUUGUCCAUUGACCUUGGUAAAUUUCAGGCAGCAUUCGGUCUGAUUCAUAGAGAGUUCAGCAUUCCUACUGCAGUUCAGCUGGCAGAGACGUGGGUUGUCAGUGACUGCACCCUUGUUAAGGCUCAUGGACCUCAGUUGUAGCUGAUAGCUUCAGACUGUAAUCCUAAUUUGAUGUAACUAGUGAGCUAAGAUUUAAUCAGGUUGUUUUGUCAAGGGUUUCUCUCUCCCCACCACUCAAAUGUUAUUGUUGGUACUGUAAAAUCCUUCAUGGCCACUGGGUUUCAGUUUCAUCGAUUGUUGAACAGGGUGUCGGGGUGGUAGGCUGGCACAGGCUCCACCCUCCUACCUCUGCUAUGCUUUCUGAUUUCAGCACCACUCCCUCCGGGCCGUGGUUUGUGUGUAUCAGAUGGAACUAGACCAGGCUCAGCUGGUCAGUACCAAUCAGCUACAUGAUUAAUGGCCCCUGCAAUAUUACACGAUGCCCCACACCCACUGCACUGUACCUCAUCCUGGCUACGUCGUGAAGCUGAAGAAGGGUACUGUCCGAGCCCUUGGGGCUGGGCUGGGGCUGGCGGCCACUGAGCUUCCUCACCAUGUGCUUGCAGAUUAUGGCAGGUGUAGGUAUCACCUGGAGCUGCAGCUACCCCAUGGAUUUGGAACCAUCUUUUAUUCCUGUGGCCUGGUACCCAUGGGCCGGAACCACAGAUCACUAUAAAAGGUUGAAUCCUUUCAAUCAAUUUACCAUUUUACCAAAUCUACGUUAGACGAAGUGUUUGGAUAUUUUUAAUCAUAAAAUGCAAUUCCCAUAAGCAGAGUAUUGUGAAGCUGUUGGGUGUAUCUCUGGUUCCAUUUACAGCAUGUUAACUGAUAUUAUUGAUAGAGACCUACACUCUGUAACU